GCUGAGUUGCUUCUGAGGGGAGCCCAAGAUGACCGGUUCUAACGAGUUCAAGCUGAACCAGCUGCCCGAGGACGGCAUCUCCUCGGUGAAGUUCAGCCCCAACACCUCCCAGUUCCCGCUGGUCUCCUCCUGGGACACGUCCGUGCGCCUCUACGAUGUGCCGGCCAACUCCAUGCGGCUCAAGUACCAGCACACCGGCGCCGUCCAGGACUGCGCCUUCUACGAUCCAACGCAUGCGUGGAGUGGGGGUUUAGACCAUCAAUUGAAAAUGCAUGAUUUGAACACGGAUCAAGAAAAUCUUGUUGGAACCCAUGAUGCCCCUAUCAGAUGUGUUGACUACUGUCCAGAAGUGAAUGGGAUGGUUACUGGGAGUUGGGAUCAAACAGUUAAAUUGUGGGAUCCCAGAACGCCUUGUAAUGCUGGGACCUUCUCUCAGCCUGAAAAGGUGUCUCUCUUGGUGUCCGGAGACAGGCUGAUUGUGGGCACCGCGGGCCGCAGGGUGUUGGUGUGGGACUUACGGAACAUGGGCUACGUGCAGCAGCGCCGGGAGUCCAGCCUCAAGUACCAGACCCGCUGCAUACGGGCAUUUCCAAACAAGCAGGGUUAUGUAUUAAGCUCUAUUGAGGGCCGAGUGGCGGUUGAGUACUUGGACCCAAGCCCUGAGGUGCAGAAGAAGUAUGCCUUCAAGUGUCACAGACUGAAAGAAAAUAAUAUUGAGCAGAUUUACCCAGUCAACGCCAUUUCAUUUCACAACAUCCACAAUACCUUUGCCACAGGUGGUUCUGAUGGAUUUGUCAAUAUUUGGGAUCCAUUUAACAAAAAGCGACUGUGCCAGUUCCAUCGGUACCCUACCAGCAUUGCAUCCCUUGCCUUUAGUAAUGAUGGGACUACACUUGCAAUAGCGUUAUCGUAUAUGUAUGAAAUGGAUGACACGGAACAUCCUGAAGAUGGUAUCUUCAUUCGCCAAGUGACAGAUGCAGAAACAAAACCCAAGUCCACCUAAUCAUCUCGUGAAAGUGGUUUCUCUACGAAAAGCUUUCUUUUGCUUCCUACAAAUACAUACUUAUCCCCUAAGGGAUGUGUUAUAGUCAUUGUGGACGCGUUAUUCAGUAUGUGGAUUUCUCUGUUUUCUAUCUUAAAAAAAAAAAAAACUUGUCUGUGUGCCCCUUCAUACUGACUGCGUGUAGGAUGUGGGGUCUUUGUGUCCUUGUGCCGUAGUCUGAAGAAUUGCUUUCCCCCCCAGCAAGCCCAGUUGCUGUGUAUAAGCAGCUUGAGCUCUUUUUGUAAAAUAACCUAAACCUGUUAUUUCCAUGCUGUCUAAUAAAUCAGAGAUUCAG